AUGCUCACCGAACACUUUGUCGCCGCCAUAUCGGCUUCGACCAAGCCAAACACGGGAAUCCUCAAAGACGCCGGCAUCUUCGUCCACGAAUUCCAGCCGCUGGCCGCCCAGAGGCAUGUCUUCAAGAAAAGCACCGCGGCGCCCAAUGGCAUUGCUGUGAGCGCCACACAUGUUUUCGCUGCGCAAGCCGAGAAGGCCGUCGUCCAUGUGUAUAGCAGGGAAAAAGGCAACCAGGAAGCCCUCGUGCCCUUCCCAGAGAGGAUCCAUAGCAUUGCGCUGGCGGCGCAAGAUAGCGUGCUGCUGCUGGGAACGGAAAGCGGACGGAUAUUGGCAUGGGAGGUUUGCUCAGGUCGCCUCGUCUCCACGUCCACUUCGCAUCUCCAGCCAGUGACGUGCAUUGCCGUCGACCCGUCGUCGACCUUUUUUCUCUCCGGUUCCUCAGAUGCCAUGAUCCACGUCUGGGCCCUGCCCUCGAUACUUUCUUUCUCGCCCGACGCCUCGCGCUCGCCCGUACACACCCUGUCUACCCAUCGCGGCCCCAUCUCUGCCAUCGCUUGUGGGCACAGUUCCAGCAGUGCCAAUAUUGCAGUGUCUAUAUCAGGGGACAAGUCUGCUAUUGUGUGGGAUUACCAAAACGGACAGGCCCUGCGGACAUACCUGCUCCCGGAGGUGCCUACUGCCGUCACCCUGGAUCCUGCGGACCGGGCAUUCUUUGUUGCCUAUGCCGACGGUAGCUUGCAGACAAUUGAUUUCUAUGACGAGGUGCAGAAAAGUACCCCGGUCAAUGUCCUCCGCGAUAGUGCUUUGUCUCACCGUCCUAUUCAACCGUCGCCGAAGACCCGCUUCGGUGCCGAUUCGCAGAAGCUCGGCGCAGCCCUCAGUCUGAGUUUGAGCUGGGAUGGCACGACAUUAAUCUCUGGCCAUGCGAGCGGCAAGGUUGCUACGUGGGACGUUGCCAAAUCCAAUUAUCUCUCCACGCCUGCCAAUCUUCCAGGCCCUGUUUCUAAUCUACAGUUCCUGCCUCCUACAGGCUUUCCCCAUGCACCGGAACCAACUUUUACAAUCCAGGCCAUUGUCAAACCGAAACAAGAUGCUGGACUUGCAAGCAGCGGAAAUGGCUUGGUCCCGCCACAUUAUACCUUGAACAUGCAGCUGACGGGCCGGCUACGCAGCCCCCACGUGUCGGCAACUGAGAAGCGAAGUGUGGGAACAAGCGCUUUCGAGGAGGCCUUCGCCCACCCUAGCUUUCCUGCCGAUAUGCUGGAAGAGAGCCUAGCUGAGCUGAGCUCUUGGAUUCCCCAGACCAAAGGCGGCGCCGCUCCAGCCGCCGACUUCAUGGCCCUGGACGCAGAUGGCGCGGACAGCUCGGGGCCUACAAGUAACGCCCAGCAAGCGGAAGUCAAGGAAUUGAAGAAACAGCUUGCAAGCCUCCAACGUAUCCAGAAGAUUACAUUUUCCCAGCUCUCCGAGUUGCGUGAGGAAAAUAACUACUUCAUGAACCAAGAAAAGAAGCGGGCGGAACGUGCCAAAACACGAGCAAAGAAGAAAAUGGGUGUUGCCAAUGGCUCGUCCCGCAGUCAUGAAGCGGGAGAUGUGGAGAUGAACGACUACACCGACGUCACAUCCGACUCAGACUUGGACGAUGCUCGUGCGAAUGGCAAGCCGUGAGCAUUUGGCGAACUGCAAGUCAAUGCCUCUCUACCUUAGCAGCAGAAAGGAGAAGCCACGUAUAUCCACAACUAUAUAAGGCAUCCACACAGUCGGAUCCGAGUGUAGAUGCAUCACACCUUGCGCCCAGGCUGUAUAUGACGGCAGACUAUGUUUCCAGGGGUCGCAUUUUGUCCUGGUUUCCCAGCUGGUAGUUCUGUACAGCGAACACUCCACAAAUUCC